AUGGAUAAUUCGGAGCUGACUGCAACUGCGGCACGUGCGGUUGAAGAGCUUAAGAAGCUAUUUCUUACCGACGAAGCUACUUUUUGGGUUAUGCCGUCGCCUAUAGAAGGAACAUCUGUGCUCAAGAAGGGCAGCUCUGGGAAAUUAUCGCACUCAGUCAAAAAAUUCACGAACUCUCGUGUCGAGUCUUCUAAAGUUGACACGGUGGUUUCUAUAAAGGCAAGCAGCUUGAUUGCUAUCUUCUCAGAUCCGGAGAAAUGGAAAACGCUUUUUCCAACGAUCGUGAACACGGCCAGGACGAUUCCUACGCUCGGAUCCGAGACGGUAUGGGAGCAGGAGCUACACAUGUUGUCUCCACUAGUGCCAGCAAGGAAGUUUACGAUCGUUCGAUGCUGCCGAAAGAUCGAGGAAGGGGUCUGGAUUAUUGCUGAUGUGUCACACGGCAUCGUUUAUUCUAAUCACCAAGCCAGUCAGUCUUGUUAUAAACGUCCUUCCGGUGUUCUCAUCCGAGCCUUGCCCUAUGGUCGGAGCAAGGUAACGUGGAUAGAGCAUGUGGAAGUGAGCAAUAUACCGUCGGCAUAUCCGGCGUAUCGAGAUCUUGUAAAGGGCGGUUCAAGUGGCGGUUCGGGCUAUGGAGCUAAGCGUUGGAUCGUUACCCUUGAGAGAAUGUGUGCGAGAAUAAAUCUCUCCUCCGCCACAACCAUUCCGGUUACUGACCGGUGGGAAAUUCCACUAACAGUGGAAGGAAGGAGGAGUGUGAUGAAAUUAGGGGAAAGAAUGUUGAAGAACUUUAGCGAAAUGUUGAUCAUGCCCGGGAAUACUGAGUUCCCGCAGAAAUCGAGAUGUGGAGGAGUCAGAAUCUCGACGCGGGUGAACGAGGAAGUCGGUCAAGUAACCGGUUCAGUUGCCAGUGCUGCAUAUUGUCUCCCAAUUCCUAGCACUCCUUCGCAAGUCUUCAGCUUGCUGAGAAGCAACGACUUUCGUCACCAGUGGGACGUUCUUUGUCAUGGAAACGCAAUCACUGAGACCGGUCGCAUUUCGACCGGAUUGAGUGCAACAAACCACAUCAGUCUACUCAAGCUUGAUGGACCAGAGACGAUGAUGGAGCUACAAGAGUGUUACAUGGACGCAUUAGGAGGCAUGAUAGUGUACGCUCCUCUCGACAUGGCUGCAAUGAGCAUCGCUGCCUCCGGGAGAGUCGACCCUUUGGAGAUUCCAAUUCUACCUUCUGGCUUCACCAUCUCAAGCGACGCCCCGGGAACCAUGGACCGUGGAACUUUACUCACGUUGGCUUUUCAGAUCCUUCUCUCUACUGGUCAAAACAGUGGGGGCAGAAUGGUGUCUGAGAAUUCAGUGAUGGAAGUGGAUAUGCUGAUCAGCACAGUUGUUCAAAAAAUCAAGGCCUUGUUCAACCUUCCUCCCGAGUGA